CCGAACAGAAGAUCACGUCGACGACCUCGACGCUAGUCAGUUUCGCUUGCGACGCUUCGUCGUCAGGGUGUCGUCCGGUUCGUUUUAACGACGCGCGCGCCUAAACGUCGCGACCCAGAGCGUCGAAAAUGUAGCCGUGAAAAAAGUAUUUUAUUUAAAUAAAUUAAAUUAGAUAAUAUUAACAACAACAACAACAAUUAUAAACAUACGUGACGGACGGUGUAUUAGUUUUUGUUUAUUUAAUAUUUAUGUUAAUAAACCUGAUCUGCCCCUAUGUUUACAUACGAGAUGUGAACUAUAAUCUGCCACUUAAUUUUCAAUUGGGCUGAAACUUUUUUUUAAAUUUAAAUUGAAGUGACAAUAGCAAUUAUUGCAAUUGUAUUAUUGUGCAAUAAUACGAUAUUAUACACUGUGCGAAAAGUUUAGAAAUUAAUAAAAAGUGAUACAUAUGCCCUCGAGGUGGAAAACCCUGAAUGGAAGUGGAAUCCUAGACUUUUGCACUAAUGUUAUCAGCAAAAUGUUUAACUAUACCGCUAUUAUGGUUGACAACAAUAAUCAUAGUUUGCGAUUCCAAUCCAAAAGGUGCAGAUGAAUUUCGAAUUGAACCAUUUUAUGGAGGAGAAUUUAACCGAAAGGAGCUGACUACGAUUUUUCCCGAACUUCCCCAGGGAGACAUGGGCUUUUACCAACCAUUAGUGAGCUCAAACGAUCCUUGUGCACCGUUUGUCAACGUUAACCACAAGAAAAAGGAAUUCUUUAGUCCCGGAUAUCCAGACAGAUAUCCGAACAACACGGAAUGCGUUUUGGUAUUGGAAGCACCUCCUGGUCACAUAGUGAAGUUGGCCUUUAGGAAGAAUUUUAGUAUCGAAUGGAGUCUAGACUGCAAACACGAUUUCCUGGAGGUACGUGACGGUGCACACGGUUACGACAAGCUCCUGCACAAACCAUUCUGCGGUUCAGAGUUUCCAUCUGACGUUAUUUCAACCGACAGGCACCUGUGGAUUCAUUUCAAAUCCGACGACAGCAUCGAGGGCGCCGGUUUUAAAGUUGUCUACGAUUUUAUGCCGAGACCACCCUCGUUGAAAACGCCGGAGAAAAUGUAUUGUCGAAUAAAUCUAACAGGAGAGGAAGGCUUUUUUGGUUCAAAGGACGUGCCUCCGGAAAUUCGAGAAUUUACAAAAGAAAAUGAAAUGCCAAUUGAUUGUCUGUGGGUGAUUACAGUGAAAGAAACUAAAAAGGUUAAUGCAGAAAGUGGCUGCUAUGAUGACGAAUUUGAUUGUGACGAUACUACUUGUAUUGCUGAAGAACUAAGGUGUAACGACGUCAAUAACUGCCGUUUUAUGUUAGAUGAAGAAGAUUGCCAUGGUGGAAAUGGAGAAGGCCAGUCCGACGAGAACAUCAAUAUGAGCGAAGAGAAAAUGGUUAUCAUUAUGGUUAUAUUCUGUCUUAUUCUCUCGGGGAUGUGCUUUGCCUUCGUAUUCAACUGUGUCAAGAAACUCAUCAGGGACCACCAUACUAUACAGGAGCACAUUCGACAAAGCAGAGAACAACAAUUGAACGAACUUGGUAAACAAGAUUCUCUGGACAAAAAGCUCUCGAUGGAGCAUCGCUCUCAAUCUACUACGUCCCUCGACUCUCAACGGUUUGCUGCCGUGAACGCCAUAGUCCCGGACACAAACUGCUACGUCCCCGGGGGUGACUUGCUGCCAAUUCUCUUACGAAACGAGGGCAGUGCCACCCCUAACGGAAACACCUACAAUACUCAAACGGUUCGGACCUACGAUACCGAGAACGGAUCGCAACCGGAAAUGUGCGACAGCGCGUGCCAAACUAGGGAAAGUCUAUUUUUCCCGCACGAAUACAGUUCCGGGCAUAGCACACCUAAUCAUAGCUUAAAUUCCAAUUCUAAACCCAGUCCGCCGGCCCCAUUCAGCACGUUCGGCUAUAAGAAAGACAGCAAGUUUCGUGCAGAAGCGAAGAUCGAAGUUGAAGACAACCGAAGACCGUACAGCGUUCAAACGACCAAGUCCGCACCCGAUGUUAUCGUAACUCACUGACAUAUGCCGGAGGCCGAGUGGGAGCCGUACAAAAGGAGAGUCCCCCGGCAAUAUGUCAAUGCGAGAUGCGAAACUGUCCAAGUUAACGGAUCAGACAGUGACUGCAACCCUUUCUCAGUUACUGCCGAAACCCAAACGUUUGACGAAGAAUUUGAAAGUUAAGUCUCCGUCAAUUAAAACUUGGUAGGAACAUUUACUGAAUAGCUUCAAGAAAUAGAUAUAAUAAGAUCGGCGAAUCAUUCCCAAGUUCAUUUUUUGAUAUUAAACAUUGUUAGCCAUCUUAAGAAUAAACGAUCAAAAUUAUCAUGAAUCAAAAAAUACACGCAUGUACAGUACAAUCCGCCUAUAACAGGGGUCGGCAACCUUUUGAGUCGGAAGAGUCGAAAAUUACAAUUAACAAAAUUUCAAAUUUUUUAAACAUUUUC